CCCACCCUAUACCGGAAGCGUCGCUGGUUGGUUAUAAUGGCGUCAACCCACCACUGAGAGGACGACUGCGACAUCACUUAGCUGGAGUUUUACAGAUGAAACAAAGCCUUCCUUCUGCUGAAGACGGUGUCUGUCGGUGGUGAAGUUGUGAAUACAUCUUAGACAGUGAUAUUAUCGCUAUGGUUGUGAAGGAGUAGCUGUUGUUGACUAAAGGGACUAAAGCUAAACACUGAGCUACACAGCUAACACAUCAUCUCUCUCCUCUGAGCAGCACACUACCAGACCUUAGCAUGCCAAAGGAGGAAGACCACCCCGAGCGUGGAGGAGACAAGGAGUCGAAGGAGGAGAGGACGCAGGAUGCUCGCGAGGACACAGUGAGGAAGAGGAUCCGGGCAAAUACCCCGAGCCCGCACAGGGGGAACACUCCUCAAGCCAGCCCCCCCAGGUUUGUCUCUGUGGAGGAGCUGAUGGAGACAGCUAAAGGAGUCACCAACAUGGCUUUGGCCCAUGAAAUAAUGGUCAACCAUGAGUUUCAAGUCAAACCUGCAGAGUUUCCUGAAGAGAGUUUGGAGCGCAAAGUGAAGGAGAUUAUGCACAAAGCAUUCUGGGAUUGUUUGGAAGCUCAGUUGAAGGAGGAUCCGCCGACGUACGGACAUUGCAUCAAACUGCUGGCUGAGAUCAAAGAGACACUGCUGUCUUUCUUGCUGCCGGGCCACGGUCGUCUGCGUACCCGUAUCGACGAGGUUCUGGAUCUGGCUCUAAUCCAGCAGCAGGCUGAGAACGGAGCACUUGACAUCAGUCAACUGUCCAAGUUCAUCGUUGGGAUGAUGGGCUCGCUGUGCGCCCCCUGCAGAGAUGAGGACAUCAAUAAGCUAAAGGAGAGCACCGAUAUUGUGCCUCUGCUCAAGGCAAUAUUCUCUGCGCUGGACCUGAUGAAGGUGGACAUGGCUAACUUUGCCCUGACCAGCAUCAGGCCUCAUCUGAUGCAACAAUCGGUUGAGUACGAGAGGAGCAAGUUCCAGGAGUUUCUGGAGAAACAACCCAAUGCCUUAGACUACACUGAGAAGUGGCUUGAGGACACAGCGAGAUGCCUGAGAGAGGCCGGGGCGGAUGGUUCUAGUGCUGCCUCAUCUGACCCUCCCUCACUCCUCCCCGUUGAUGUCCAUAAUCAUGCCUAUCUACGCCUGCUGAAGUGGGACCACGCCUCAGACCCCUUCCCAGAGACAGUGAUGAUGGAUCAUGUUCGGUUCCAGGAGAUGCAUCAGGAGGCUGAGCAAUUAGUCCUGCUCUCUUCCGUACUGCUCAUCAUCUACACUACCACAGGGGAGGCUAUCUCAGGCUUGCCAGGGCUGAUGGAGACUCUUAAAAACACUGUCAAUGUCAUGCUUGCAGACAUGCACACACCGUCUUUUAGUGCACAGGAGGCCUUAGCAACCAUCGGGGAGAAACUGUGUGUUGAGCUGAGUCAAUGUCUAAGCCAACAUGGCUACUCUCCAUUCUCAGCUGACCGGAAGAGCACUCUGAGGGGUCAAAUCUCAGCUUCCAUCCAGCCAGACAACACGAUCCGCAAGCUGAUGGAGUCUCGUGUCCAGAACUAUCUCCUGGCGUCCCUGGAGUCCAGUCAACAUAAGACCCCUCCUUCUCUCCCAGGAGGUCUGGCUCCAGUCAGCAAGGAGCUGAAGGAGCUCGCUGUUCGUUUCAGUCGCCUCGUCAACUUCAACAAGCUGGUCUUCUCCCCGUUCUACCAAAAGAUUCUCCAUCAAAUCCUGUCAGCAGGGGAGAGUCAGACGUAAACACCGAAAUAAGGA